CUCCCUCGCGUUGGCGCGCGCCGCUGACCCCGGCCCCUCAAACGCGGAAGCGGCAUGGCGUCAGACGGCCACAUCUGUGAGCGCAGGAGAGCUGCAGAGAGAAGACUGAGAGUUAUCAGCGGACACCUGCACCAGCGGGACCAGGAUGGACAUGUCGCCGUGUCUGCGCAGGAGUGCAAAGCCGAGGCGCCCGGAGACAACCCCGCUAAAGCCGCCACCGCUGCGAUGCCGAAGAGAAGGCAAGAAAUAAUGAAGUGGAAUGGUUGGGGUUACGGUGAUUCACGGUUCCUCUUUAACAAGAAAGGCCAAGCAGAAUUCACAGGAAAAAGGUAUCGGUUAAGCGGCCUUAUUAUUCCCAGUCUGAAGGACUGGAUGGAGAAUACGUUUGGGGCCAACCUACAGCACAAAGCCCCGGCUACACCCACUCUAAAUGUGAAUGCAAUCCCACCCCCUAACCUGAACGAGUCAUUUGUGGAGGACCUGAAAGCAGCGGGUGUGGCCCUGUCGCAUGACCCAGAGGACCGAGUGUUUCGUUCUCAUGGCCACUGCCUGCAUGAAAUCUUUGCUCUGCGAGAAGGACGAGUCGGAAGAGUGCCAGACAUGGUGGUUUGGCCAAAUUGUCACAAUGAUGUGGUGAAGAUUGUGGAGCUGGCCUGCCAGCACAAUGUCUGUUUGAUACCAUAUGGAGGUGGGACUAGUGUGUCGAGUGCUCUAGAGUGCCCUCCAGAGGAAACACGAUCCAUUGUUUCUUUGGACACCUCUCAGAUGAACCGAAUAUUGUGGAUUGACGAGAAGAACCUGACAGUCCAUGUAGAGGCUGGCAUCAUUGGCCAGGAGCUGGAGAGCCAGCUGAAUGAAAGUGGGUACUGCACUGGCCAUGAACCUGACUCGAUGGAGUUCAGUUCACUUGGAGGCUGGGUUGCCACACGCGCCUCAGGAAUGAAGAAAAACAUCUAUGGCAACAUUGAAGACCUGGUGGUACAUAUAAAGAUGGUAACCCCCAGAGGAGUGAUCGAAAAAAGCUGUCAAGGCCCACGAAUGUCCACUGGACCUGACAUUCACCACUUUAUAAUGGGCUCUGAAGGUACUCUGGGUGUAGUUACUGAGGUUACGAUGAAGAUCCGUCCAGUACCUGAGUAUCAGAAAUAUGGCUCUAUCGUCUUCCCAAACUUCCAGCAGGGUGUUGCAUGCCUGCGGGAGGUGGCCAAACAGAGAUGCGCUCCUGCUUCGAUUCGGCUGAUGGACAACGAGCAGUUUCAGUUUGGUCAUGCCCUUAAGCCUCAAGUGUCCUCCAUUUUUACUUCAUUUUUGGAUGGACUGAAAAAGUUCUACAUCACGAAAUUUAAAGGCUUUGAUCCUCAUCACCUGUGUGUGGCCACUCUGCUGUUUGAAGGAGAUCGGGAGAAAGUUUUGCAGCAUGAGAAACAGGUUUACGACAUUGCUGCUAAAUUUGGGGGCCUGGCAGCAGGAGAGGAUAAUGGGCAGAGAGGAUACAUGCUCACCUUCGUCAUCGCUUACUUGCGGGAUUUGGGCAUGGAUUACUAUGUGAUCGGCGAGUCAUUUGAAACAUCAGUGCCUUGGGACAGAGUUUUGGACCUGUGCCGGAACGUCAAGGAGAGGAUAGUAAGAGAGUGUAAAGAGCGAGGGGUGCAGUUUCCCCCACUGUCUACAUGCAGGGUAACACAGACCUAUGACGCUGGUGCCUGUGUGUAUUUCUACUUUGCCUUCAAUUAUAGAGGACUUGGUGAUCCAAUACAUGUCUAUGAGCAAGUGGAGCAUGCAGCCAGAGAGGAGAUUCUAGCCAAUGGGGGAAGCCUGUCCCACCACCAUGGAGUGGGUAAACUGCGGAAGGAGUGGAUGAAGGAGGCCGUGUCCAGCGUGGGUCUGGGCAUGAUCAAGUCUGUGAAGGAGUACGUGGACCCUCAUAACAUAUUUGGAAACAGGAACCUGCUGUAAUUCAACCCUUCUGUAAUACAAACUCUGUUCCUCACAGUUUGUCUCACAUCUCCUCAUAUUCUGGCUUUACUACAUGCUCAUUUCUACAUACAGAGAAAAAAAAAAUAUAUAUAUAUAUAUAUACUGUAUAAAACACAGUGAUCUAUUUUCAUUAACGUCUGAUUCCAUUCCAAUACUGUCCUCCAGAAACUCAUCAAAUGAGCAGAGCAGAUACUGUCCCGUCCUCUCUGAUCUCUCCUAUCUCUUCCUUCACUCCUCCUUUCCUGUGCUCUUCAUCUGUUUCAUCUAUAGUAUAGUGAAGGGGUGAGAUUUUUAAAGGAGGUCUGGAUUCUUCUUCCUUUUUUUUUUUUUUUUUUUUUUGGGAGUUAUGUCAGUUGUUUCACAAACCUAUAGACUGCCAGAGAGGACAUGCUAUUUGCUAUUCUCAGAAAGAGUUGGGUAAGGAAACCUGAUUAUUAAAAGCUGAUUAUAUGUAGAUGAUAUGCUUGUUUACCCAUUUCUCUAAUUGGAACUCUUCUUUCUUUUCUAACUGAUCGGGAUCUUAUCUAUUUGUGAUCUAAUCUAACUUGGGGUUUGAUUUAACUUUUGAUAUAGUAAAUGUACGGAUGUUCCUGUAUGGUUCCUGUGUGUGACACUACUGAAGUGUUGACUGAAUUGCGCUUUCUAAAGCAGUGUGCCUUCUCUUGCUCUGUGUCUGUCUGUAUGGGUGUCUGUCUGUAUGGGUGUCUGUCUGUAUGGGUGUCUGUCUGUAUGGGUGUGUGUGAGUGUCUGCCUUGCCUUCCUUUGCCUCACUCCUUUUUAAGAGUGACUCCCAAAACGUUCACUGUCCCUUCCAACAGCUCCUUUAUAUCUGCCAGUGUUUCUGUACACCUAACUUUUGCCUUCUCCAACAGUCGAUGUGAACUGUUUUUGCCAGGGUUUAAUGUUUUAUCUGAAGCCCCUUAAGAUUUAGUUUUGGGUUUUUUGUAACGUUUAACGUUGUAGAACGUUGUGUGCCUCCAUUCAGUGCACUCAGAAUCUCAUUUACAUAGUAAUGGAUCCCAGCCUGCUACUGGUACUAAUAGAAGCAGUAGCAGGGUCAGAGAAACUGCCCUAGUACAGUGAGGUGAUGACGUUGUAAUGUUUCAUAAGUUCUCAUUCAUUUCCUCUGUUUACUACAAGGUUGAUGUGUCAGAGCAUGACUCUUCAUGAGUGCGUCUUUACAUGGAAUUGGUUGAGUUUGGUUGGUGUUGGCGUGACGGUGCGAGACCCCUCUCCUCAUGUUCCUACCAAAGACUCUUUCAAAGCCUUUCUCUAUGUUCUCUCCAUCACAGGCCAAAUUACUUUGACUGUAUGCAUUCAUACAUCUGUAAAUUGUGUAUAUAUAAGGACAAUAUAACAUGCAUAUGUAUGUUAAUAUAUUUAAGAUUUUACCAUCAAAGAUUCCUCUCACUAUGAUUUCUAUUUUUUUUUUUUUGCAUUUUUCAACAUGACAUAUGCAAAAAGCCGGAGCUUAUCUUGACAUGGAUUUUAAACAUGUCAAUGUUAGUGACUGUUACUUCAUGUAAUACUGAUGUAAUACAGUCCACGCUCACCAAGAUAUGCCUGGCUGUGGACGUUUAGUGAACGCUUGUGGUUUUUUCAGUCCCUCUUUAAAAAGGUGCUUGUCUUUUGUUUUUCCCGAUGCACCGAGAAUCCUUAAUGUCUGUCCCGGUGGCGUUUUGUGUUGUUUGUAAAAGUUGCUUAUGAUUUAUUUUAAUUUUGAAUUACAUGGGCUAUGUUUACACAGCAUUUAAAAGUGGCCUAAAUCUCAGAUCGUCAAUCUUAAAUGUGAUGUUUAUUUCAGGCUGUUCUUUUUAAUGUGUCUUACAUCUGACAUUCAUCUGAAGAAGGGUUUGCACUGUGUAAAUAAUAUGCAUGCACAAAAAAACACCUUCACCUUUGCCAGAAAUCAGGAAUUAUCGUGUAGUUUCUGUGGUGGACUGAUGAGCUUAUCACCGAGCAUGUGUUUAAGCUCGCUGUAAAAUAGGCACAUUAUUCAGUCAUGGCCAUUUCUUUGGUUUGAGGUUUCUUUAAAUUUAGCUUUUAAGCUUUUUAUUUUUUUUUAAGCUGCAUAAAUAUUCUUUGGCCUUUUUAUUAGAAACACUCAAAUCAUUAGUAAAUCUGUACCUCACUAUUCCACCACUGAAACCCUGAUUUAAUGAGGUCCAUUUUCCCAAAUCAGAUGGUGAUAGUGGCACACAAACAACAUGUGUCACAUAUGACAAAAAAAAAAAAACAGAUUUGGGCUACAUUUGCCUGCUGCGUGAACAUAGCCUUUAUUUCUGUUUCUGUCCUCUUUUUUUAAUUAAGCCAUUAAUUAAUCCCUUAAGCUGAAUCUAAGCCUUUCUAAACCAUGGUAUACUGCUGAAUGGUGCUAGAGUAAGAUGCAACGUUACUGAUGUCAAGUUACUGAUUUUUGUUUCUCGUAUAAUCAAAGCCCUGUACACCACCCUAGUAAAGGUCAAAACAUCCAUCCAGGUUUUCAUUCAUACUGUGAUGAGAUUCGAGAUGUUAAAGGAGAAAUUCGGUGUAAAAUGGACUUUGGGUGUAGUGAAACAUAAUGACAAGUACAAACUUCUAUUCUAUAUCCCACCUAGAGUCAUCCCAGUAUUCUAAAAUACAGCGCUUUUUAGCUGAUGCUCCCAACAGGCUUACAAUGCUAGUGAUGGGGGCAUAGCAUUGCUCAUGCAAAGAAAUCACUAUUUUACACCAUUAAUAAAUGGUAGCUUUACACUUUAUUGGUAGAAUUCUGAGGGCCAUUACAUUUAAAACUGAACUUUAAAAAACUUUAAGAUUGCACAAGUAGUUUAUUAAAAAACACGGUUUAUGCUGUUAAUAAGACAGUAGCUUGAGUUAGUUCUCUACAUGCUAUCUUGAAAUUAAACUGUUAAGCACGAAUAAAUAGGUAGGACAGGGUAGCAGAUUGCAAAAUUAAUUCUGUGGAAAUGCAAGAAUAUUUUAAAGAUACUUUUUAGCAACAUCUGGUAUUCAUGCUUUUCUAUGGAUUUAAUUUUGCAUUCAGUUUCCCUAUCCUACCUUACAUUCGCGCUCGUCAUAUGACUUAUCGAAACUUUAUUUUGAGUCUUUUUUUUUUUAUCUGCUAUCUGUGCCUCUUUUUAAAUGUCUGGGAAUUCUGGGAUUUCUUCCAAUAGAAUGCUUUUAUUGUGUAAAUUUUGCCCCUAUUACUAGCAGUGUAAGCCUGUUGGGAGCAUCAGCAUUAAAGUGCUGUAUAUGGGAAUAGUGAGGGUGAACGGAGGUGAGCUAUGUGACAAAAGUUUGUACUCGUUAUCAUGCAUUACUACACCCCAAGUCCAUUUCACACCAGAUUUCUCCUUUAACUAUAGCAUUUCCAACAUCAGAGUGCUUACCCAGCCUGCUGACCCUCAGCACUUUAAAAGAAUAAAGAAAAAGAAAAAAAAGUGUUGAGUGGGGCUGUGUGUAAGUUUUGUUUGAUGUUGUAAACACUUGUAGAAACUCUUUUGUGUUUGUAUCCAUAUUUUUCAUACGAAACACUGAAUGAAGGAAAUGUUGGGCCUCCGAACAUUUUCUGAACAGUUUCAUUCCCUGCGCCAUCCUGACACCAAAACCAACCUGUGAAUGUUCUGGAAGCUCCUUUUGUCAUUCUCCAGUUUCAUUCUUGGUAACGUGUUUAACAUUGGAGUACAUUUUGUCAAUGCUGUUUGUGCAAUAAAUUAACAUAAAAAAACA